GGAUUUCCAAACAAUCAAUCAAGGUAUCGCCGUGUAAUUUUGAUCGACUUGUAAGCGACAAAGGAAAUUUGAAUCUCUGUUUUCUGGGUUGGUGGACCGUUUUUGCGCCGAGAUCUAAGUCAUCUGGAUUGUAUUGGAAUCGUUUGGCUGUAUUUUCCUUCCCGUUUCGUUCUUCUUCGAAAAAUCGCAGCCUGAGGGGAAUAAGAAAGAUCGUAAGGAUUGUCUUGGCUAAACAGGCUUAUCAAUUUUCCUGUAAGCCUAUUGCAUCUUUUUGUGGACUUCAGAUCAACUAGAGGAAAUGAUUCCCAUCUACAGGUACAUGGACUCACAUCCAUUCCAGAAAAGUCGAACACCUUUCGCAUAUCAGUAUCCGAGCAUGGAAACUAUCCCAUCUUACUCGAUGAUGGAUCCAACUAAAUCAUGUAUGCCUCCUCAUGAUCCUGGGCAUAAUUGUUGGCAUUAUGGCUACCCAAUGUCGUCUUAUUCCUGCUGUAAUGGUGGCAAUUUCUUCCCUGGUUGUUACAAUUUUAGACCAUCGCAUCUUCCUCUUCCACCCCAUCAGCGUAUGCACUGCUAUGGUGGUUAUCCACCCUGCCCCGAACCGUAUUAUGUCCAAUAUGUUCCUUCCAUGUAUUAUAAUGUAGAGCAGCCCAGAUAUGAGUUUGACAAGAACACGAUGAGGAAUCACCACUGCUGUGGCUGUCCUAAUAGUUUGUGUGGGCAGAACCAGAAGGAUGAUAAAUGUGUGAAGAUUGAGGAGGAGAAACCGGACAAUCAAAGGAAGGGGUCUUUGGUUCCAUUUCAAUUAGGAAAUAGUCAGUCUCCAAUUGUGUGGAUUCCACCUGACUAUAUGGGGAGCGAAAAAGAGAGGGAGCUUUAUGAAACUGGAAACGUGAAGCCGGAGAAGGAACGUCAUGGUUUGAAUUUGACAGAGAAUUUGAAAUCUGUCGAUCAGGCUCCGAAGUCCUCUAGUGGUUGGCCUCUGUCUGAUUUGAGUCACCUUGGGUCGUUGUUGCCUGAUGCAGCAGGCAUGGGGGCCCAAAGUGUGCAAAAUAAGCAACAGGACGACAGAAAAAAAGAGUUUCCAUUUCCUGUGAUCUGGAUGCCUGCUUUUGGUAGAGAGGAGACUGCUAGAAAAGCUGAUGUUCAUAAUAUGGAUGCUCCUGCAAGACCUAGUGAUGAGCCUUCUAAUGCUGGGAAGUUAGUCCCAACGAAUAUCCAGAAAAAAGAUGAUGCUCCAAGUGAAGGCCCUGAAGUUGUGAAGACUGUAAAUCAGAUCAAUGUUCCUGAAAUGAACAUGAAUCACAAGACUGAAGAUGCCAAGAAAAAUAAAGAAAGGAGAUGCAUCCCAGUGGAGGCUGUAAAAGACAAUGAGGAAAGGGAAUUGCUUAGAAAUAAUGUGACAGGACGGUCUUCUUCAUCCUCACCAAAGAAAUCAAGAUUACCCCCUGUUUGUCUCAGAGUGGAUCCUCUUCCAAAGAGAAAAAAUGGCAAUAGCAGUUCAAGAAAAUCAACUGCCGUGAAGGAAAGUUCUCAAUUGGAUUCGAAGAUCAAUAAUGUUACUGGAGAGGCAAAUGGUGAGAAGAUCAUCAAGACAGUAGAGGUGAAAACCCAUGAGACCCCUGAUGGUAAUCAAGUGGACAAGGAGGGUGUCUCUAGCACUGGAGAGUCACUAAGCUUGCCAACGCAGCCUCGAUCUCAAGAGAAGUUUUUUGACAAGAACUGCGAGGAAGAAGAAGAAAGUCCUAGUAAAGAAGAUAGAGAGAAAGAUGAAACAAUGAGCAAAGCAUAUCCCGAGAAGGCAGUCGAUGAAGGGUUGGAGGUAAGUUCAGGGGACUUAGCUCAGGAAGAAGGGAAACACGGAAAACCUAACUUAUCAGAUGUUGAAGCUGCCGUGGUCAUUCAGUCAGCUUACCGUGGUUAUGAAGUUAGGAAGUGGGAACUUCUGAAAAAGAUGAAGCAACUUGCUGAAGUUCGUCAAAAGGUCAUUGAGGUUCAAAAUCAUGUGAAAGCUCUGGAAUUGGCUCCUCAAGAUGAGAAAGAAAGAAUGUUUGUUGGAGAAAUGAUAAUGCGACUGUUGUUAAAACUUGACACCAUACAGGGUCUGCAUCCAAGUAUAAGGGAGUUUCGGAAAUCUUUGGCAAAAGAACUUGUAGCUCUUCAGGAAAAACUUGACUGCAUGGUGAUUAACAAGCCUACAGAAGUAGUACCGGAAGCCUCCAUAGAAAAACCUACUGACCAUUUUGAUGUGGAGACCCAUGAUGACAAAAAGGAGCAGCAGCAGCAGAAAGAUGUAGUAUCGAUCAGUGACAUCUUUCCCAACGGGGUAAAUGAAAGCAACAGUCUUAUGGGAGAGUCACAUGGAGCUCAACCUCUUGGCGGAGGUGAUGAUAUCGCUGGCUCUGAAGGCAUGAACUCCCCCACGGACAAAGAGCUUAGGCAGACAGGGGAUGGACCUGGAGAGUUACAAGAAAUAGAUGAUCGGAACACCACCGUGUCUGAAGCAGAGCAACUUGCAAAACCAAGAGAACAUGAAUCUCAAAAUGAAGAUCCCUUUGAAUUGUCCCCUCAAAACUUCUCCAACCAGAUUGACGGCGAAGAAAUUAUGCCUUCGUUAAUGGGGGAUAAAAGAGCAGACGAAGCUGAAUCAGGAGCUGAGAUGGAACAGAAUGUGAAGGUAGUGAAUGAUGCAGAGAAAAAUGUAGCUGAAGUUCUUCAAAUGGACAUGAAAGAAGAAACUUUAGAUCAUUGCCAAUAUUUUUCAGAAGAUGGGCAUCCUGCAGGAGAUUCUUUGGAAGUUCAGGUUUUGAACCCCAAUUCUGAUGAUCAAGUGGAAGCAAUAGCAGGACAAACACCUGGAGCCCUUGAUGAGAUAACCAUUUCAACACCUUAUGAAAAUGGACAAACUGGGGACUGGUCGACUGCAGAUACGGAACUUCCUGAGGAUGACAAUCUAAAUAACGCCGAUGCCGACAAGCACAUUGAGAUGAGAAGAGAGGCAUCAGACGCUGAAGAGAAUGUACAUGAUUUAGCAGUCGACCUAGAUAGUGAUAGAACCCCUGCUGAGAAGCAAGGAGCACCUGAUGAAUCUGCAGUAUUGCCAGGGGAGCAAUCAAACUCUACUGAGGACCUGAACAUCCAAAACGAGCUGGUAACUGAUAAAGACGAACAACAGACAGCAGAUGAGGUGGAGAAAGUGCUGAAAGAUGUGCAACAUCAGCCCAUGCCAUCCAGUGAGUUGGACAACCAGGCUAGCCGAGCAUGUGAUGAAUCUGCAGAAUUGCUUGAGGAACUAUCAGAAUCCUUCCACGACGAGAACAUCCAAAACGAGACGGUAACUGAGAAAAAUAAAAUGGCAGAAGGCAUGCUACAAGACCCAUGUGUACUUGAUCCUAGGCAAUCCAGCAAGUUAGACAACCAGGCUAACGAGUUAUAUGCUCCUGGGGAAGCAACUUCUAUUGAGAUGGGUGAAGUGUCACUACCUGAGUCACCGAAUGCACGCCGGGAGACAAUGGAUAAGCAUGAUUUGUUAAGUGACAGAGAGAUGGACAAAAGACUGGUUGAUGAAAAUGAGAAAAUGAGAGAGAUGGUGGGGAAGUUGAUGGAGGCUGGCAAAGAACAGAUAGCCAUCAUAUCUAAACUGAGUGGAAGAGUGAAGGACUUGGAAAAAAGGCUGGCAAGGAAGAAGAAACAAAGGCGAGGAUGUGGCAUGUCUAUGUCAAGACAUCCUAUGUUGAAUGGUCGCAUAAAAGCUUGAAAGGCUCCACGAUCUGCAUUACUUCGUGAUAUCUCGUUUGUAAAGAGAAAAAAAAAAAAAAAAAAAAAAUCUCAAAUUCAAGUAAAUGGGAGAGAUGAAGUAUAUGUAUCUUUGUGAUGAGAUCCCUUAUUUUGUAAUAUUUCAUCUCGCUGUGAAUCUAUGUGAUACAAAAAUAAAAUGCAUCUCUCUUUUCGUUAAGAAAA